AUGUCCUUGCCUCAGGAGCAGGUCGCCUGCCUGUGCACAGUGAAAGCCAAUCUCGAAGAAACGAGAGAGCAUCACACGUUGCAGGAGGCGAUCGUUGCAAGAUGUUUCUUGAUACCAUGUCUCUUCGACGACCAUGUGAUACUGAGAUACUGGGGAAAGUUCGGCGUGGACGACGCAGGCCCAGGUGCCGCGAACACCGAGCUCAGCGAAGUCAAAGAAAGUCGUCCCAAGCUGGAGGAGAACGCAUACAUGCUUGAUAUCAUGCACAAAUCUGCACUUCCGGCUGCUUUCUGGAACUUGCUGCAGGAGGAAGUCGCAUGUCCACUUCCAGCGAACACGGUGAAAAUCAGGAUCAAGAUGAAGGACGAGGGUGCGUGUGCGCGAUCAGUGAAGACCGAGCAGAGCGGGCUGGAGGACGAGGUCGCAUGCCUGUGCACAGCGAAGGCCAAUCUCGACGAAACGAUCGAGCAUCACAAGUCGGAGGAGGAUGCCGUGAAGACCGAGCUCAGCGCAGCGGAUGAGAAAUAUCGCAAGCUGGAGGACGAGGUCGCGGCUCUGCGCUCGGCACAGGCCGAGCUCAGGCAAGUGAGCGACAGGUAUCACAAGCUGGAGGAAUCCUUCCAGAUGAUCGCUGGCCUGCGAGCUGUGGCUGAUGGGAAAAGGCAGCUUCCGGAAGCGCAGGACGAGGUCACGGGACGAUCAUCGGAGACUGGGCUAGAGCUCCGACAGUUGGAGGAUGAGGUGACCGGCCUUCGGGAAUCCAAUGCCGUGCUCCGAGAAGCCUAUGACACCCUGAAGGCUGCCUUUCGGCCCUUUCGCGAAGGACCAGAGCUCGUUUCCGAGGAGGACAGUAUUUCGCCAGCACCGCCCGGCUGUCGCCAAACUCUUCCUCUGCCUGAGCAGGAAAUGUCGCAGCCCGUCAUGCAAAAGCCACGGUGUGUUGCCGAAGUCCAACCCCUCCGCGAAGCGGGCUUGUUUGUGGACCUCUGCCCAGCGCCUCCAAACGGCCCUGGGACACUGGAGGCGGGGAGACACCGGGAUAAGGAAGAGAUUUGCUCCAUGGUCCAUGGCGCUCGGAGUCAUCCCUAG